AGCAAUUGUGAACCAAGCGAACGAGCCUUUUUUUUUUCCCACAGCCCAAAGCCCCAAACUGCCCUAGAGUCGCCUUGCGUAUUCGUUCCUCCUCUCCACCUCCUUCCUCCUCGCCGUGGCGCCGCCAAACACGCCUCGGUCCAGAAUCCCAGAUCCAGGCAUCCUUGACCACCGCAACCGCACCUCUCUUCCUCCUCCCGUGGGCGUCCUCGUCCCCCCCCCUGGACUGUCUAGGAGUGGAGAUCCAUUUUCUUCUUUUUCUUGAUUAGGUUUUUAAAAUGGAUGAAAUAUAAUUCUUUGUCGGGCGGAUAUAACAAGGCCUACCUGAGGAGGAGGUGUUCUUGUGCAAGGCGAAAAAUUGAUUUGCUUUUGUUUUCUAUUUUUUGGCCUUUUGGCCUCUUUGCAGUUGCAGGGACAGGGACAGUAAACGCUUUAGUGGGGGACACUGUAUCAGUACAUCUUCUUUAUGCAGUUGCAGGGGUUGUACCUUUGGUGUUAAAGUGUUAACUACUUGAACAGGGUGCAUAUUUAGGCUAAGUAACAGACCACAGAUAUUUAUUAAUGCUCUGCAAUAGGAGAAACAUAAUAUUCUUCUGUCAUUUACUUUUAUGCUCUUGUUAUUCUAAUAUUAACAGUUUGAGUCAGUGCAGAUUAGAUCAUGAAAAGCGGUUGGAAUUAGUGUUAUUUUGCAAGAACUUGAGAUUUAUGUCUUCGACUGCAGGUUUUAGUAAGCUCAGUGUUCAAAUGAAUGGGUUUCUAGUCAGCUGGACUAAUUUCGAAUCAUGGCGGAGCACUUGGCUUCAAUAUAUGGUACGGAGAAAGAUAGAGUCAACUGCCCAUUUUACUUCAAGAUUGGGGCUUGCCGUCAUGGGGAUCGUUGUUCACGCAUCCAUAACAAGCCAACCAUAUCGCCAACUCUUGUGCUUGUGAACAUGUAUCAGCGCCCUGACAUGAUCACCCCUGGGGUUGAUGCUCAAGGCCAGCCAAUAGAUCCCCGUAAGAUGCAGGAGCAUUUUGAAGAUUUUUAUGAGGAUAUCUUUGAGGAACUGAGCAAGUUUGGUGAGAUUGAGAAUCUCAAUAUCUGCGAUAACCUUGCUGAUCACAUGAUAGGCAAUGUUUAUGCCCAGUUCAGGGAGGAAGAUCAGGCAGCUGCAGCUCAUACAGCCCUUCAGGGCCGCUUUUACUCCGGUCGCCCAAUUGUUGUUGACUUCUCCCCUGUGACUGAUUUCCGUGAAGCAACCUGCAGGCAAUAUGAGGAGAAUAGCUGCAAUCGGGGUGGAUAUUGCAAUUUCAUGCAUGUGAAGCAGAUUGGUAAGGAUCUGAGGAAAAAGCUCUUUGGGCGUUCCAGGAGGCCACACAGGGGAAGGAGCCGCAGCCCAAGCCCACAUCGUAGGAUGGAGGGUCGUGACCGUGACAACUAUCGCGGCCGUGAUGAUUACCGUGGUGGCGGCGGUGGGCGUAGGGGUGGAAGCAGCAGGCAUGAAAGGUAUGAUGAUGGAGGAAGGCGCAGGCAUGGUGGCAGCCCUCCCAGACGUGCAAGAAGCCCUGCCAGGGAGAACAGUGAGGAGCGCAGGGCUAAGAUCGAGCAGUGGAACCGUGAAAGGGAGGAAAAGCAAGGGUGAAUCCCUUCAAGGCUGGCAAAGCAGGCGUUAUCUAUUAAGUGUCAGGUCGUUUGCUGGUACCGUUCUAUGCUAUGUGUGGGAGUUUGCUAUGUUGUCAUGACUGUGUCCGACUCCGGUAAUUUGUAGGCCAAGGAUUCUAAUUUAUUUCACCGCAUGAGACACUGAAAUCGACAUUUGUGUGUUGCCAAAGAACCUUUUGUCAAGCUGUCCUACAUUUCGCGCCAUUCUACAAUACUCCUUUUGAAUUA